AUGUCGGCAGCCACCAGUGACCAGCUGCACAGAACAACCUUAACUGUCUAUGCGAACCUGAUGGAGCAAUUCAACCCUGGCCUCCAGAACCUUGUUGCUCUAGGAAACAGCUACGUCAAUGCUUUCCAAGCCUUAGCUGUUUGCAGCGAGGCGUACUUCAGCGCUGUGGCUAAGAUGGGUGAUCAAGCGCUUCAUACAUUUUCAUCUCGCUCUCUUGGGGAUGUCCUUAUCCAGAUAUCAGACACACAGAGGAGACUCACUGCAGAGAUGGAGGGUGUGUUUCGGUGGUUUCAGGUUGAGGUGUUGCAGGCCAUGGACAAGAACACCAAGUUGGAUGAGGAGUACAUUGAGGGGAGUCGCAGAGUGUAUGAACUGGAGGUGAGAAACCAGGCGGAGACUUUGGAGAAACAGCUGAGACGAGGAUCUUACAGGGACUCCUUGGAGAACAGUGAGUACAUGUUGUAUCUGAAGCAGAGCCGACAGGAGAUCCUAAAGGAGGAGGAGAGGAGGUAUCGCUUCCUCGCAGAGAAACAUUGUGGCCUUACUCAGUCACUGCUCUUCCUUAUUAACAAGACCGGUGCAUCUCUUCAACAGAAAGCAGAUGGAUGGAAGGAGAAAGUGAACGACACUAAAGGGUCCAGACCUCGGACUCCCACUCAGUUAGACCAAGAUGCACAG